GUAGGAAGAGGAAGAGGGCGUGUGGGUGUGUGUGUGUGGUUUGGAGGAGGUGGGGGUGAAGAAUGCUUGGUAUGUGCGGACGACAACAACAUGAAAGGCGACGCGCGUUCCGCGUAACCGACCGUGCGCCUGCAAAUCAAACGCAAAAGCACUUUGCAGCCGCUUAUAAACCGACCCGCAGACGCCAGGCGUCUCGACGCGCCUUUGUCCCCCGAAAACAACCGCCCAGGCGAAGCGGCGCGAGGCGGCCACGCACUUUAUUUGAUGUGGAACACCCCGCGGAGGCGGAGAUGGUUUGGUCGGUAGUAGGUGGGACCGCCGAGCGGUCUGCAGCAGGACGUCGUAGAUCAGCGAAGCGGACCGAAGGGUUGCUCCAUCGCCCGGCGCGCAUCUGACGGUGUGGAUGUGUCAGCUUGUACCUAUGCAGGAGCCAGGCUCGUCUUCUCUUCUUUUCACUGUUACCGAGCAGCCCGCUCGCCGUGCGGAUGUUUUAAACCGACUGGCUGUUUCAUAGGCUCCCGUAACACCGCCCGGAUUCACGUCUCCAGCGGCUCCUCUUUGCGAAUUUUUUUUUUGGAGCGGGGAAAAAUAUAUAUAUUCACAUCUAUAUAGGCUAUAUAUAUAUAUUUACAUCUAUAUAUAAAACCUCCAGGAUGAUCUUUGCAAACACAGGCAACCCGCUGAAGACAGCCAAUCGCAAACAGUCCUACCCCAUGACUCCGUCCAGUCCCAGCAGCAGCAACAGCAGCAGCAGCACAGGCCUGGAGCAGCUCAGCAAAACCAACCUGUACAUCCGCGGCCUGCCCCCUGCCACCACAGACCUGGACCUGGUCAAACUCUGUCACCAGUACGGGAAGAUUCAGUCGGCAAAGGCAAUCCUGGACAAGACGACCAACAAAUGUAAAGGUUACGGCUUUGUGGACUUUGACAACCCGACGGCUGCUUUAAAGGCAGUACAUGCUCUAAAAACAAGCGGCAUACAGGCCCAGAUGGCGAAGCAACAGGAGCAGGACCCCACAAAUCUGUACAUUUCCAACUUGCCUCUCUGUGUGGACGAGAAAGAGUUGGAGAACAUGCUGCAGCCCUUCGGCCAGGUCGUCUCCACGCGGAUCCUCCGGGACUACAGCGGCAACAGCCGAGGCGUGGGCUUCGCCAGGAUGGACACAACAGAGCAGUGUAACGCCGUCAUCUCCCACUUCAAUGGGAAGUUUAUCAAAAUCGCUUCUGGAACUCUGGCUCCCUCUCAGCCCUUGCUGUGUAAGUUUGCAGACAGUCAAAGGAAGAAACAUGCUCACAGUGGAUUUGUUCCCAAUGGACAGACAGGAGAUCUCAGACUAGGUGCAAUGACUCUGACCUAUGACCCCUCUUCAGCAGCUAUACAGAAUGGGUACUACCCAUCUCCGUAUCCAGUGAGCAACCGCAUAAUGACGGUGCAGCCUGCGAUGUCUCCCUACAUGUCUCCAGUCAAUGCUUACCAGGUACAGAGUCAUUCUUGGGUGGCACAUCAACCAUAUAUCAUGCAACACCCGGGUGCUGUGAUGUCUCCCUCUGUGGAUCCCUCCAUGUCACUGCACCCUUCAGCCAUGAUUACUCAGCAGAUGGGCCAGCUGUCACUGGGAAACACUGGAGGGUAUAUUUCAGCCAACCCUGGUGUCCAGGGAGCUUACAUGCCUCAGUAUCCUCCAAUGCAGGCUGCACCUGAGAAUGGCACGCCGCAACAAGUGGAUUCUUCCAAUAACUCGUCUCCUUACAGUCAACUCAGCAAGUAAUCACAGGUUAUAGAUUCCCGCCGUGUGAGCGAGAGGGCGGGAGGGAGAUUGCCGAUGACAUCACAGUAGAAACAAUUGCCGCCUUCUCUGAUUGGACCAGACACAUGAACUUUUUUGCACAGCCCCGACGUUUGUGGUGAAAAAAGGAGGACAGUGUAAAUGGACUCAAGCAGUUGGCUAAUCACAGGAAGAAAAAAAAAAAAAAGAUUUAUUUUGAUAAAAAACAACAACAUGCUCUUCUUUUUUCAAGGAUUCUCAAACAAAUGCCAGAGGACCCCCCUCCCUCCCCCCACCUUCCCCUCCCACUCCUCCCCCAGUAUGAUGUGAUAUUAUAAUGCAUGAGAUUGAGAUAGUUUACCCCCCUCCAACGUGUCUAGGAUUUUAUAGUUCCUUUGUUUGUGAUAUAUGACAAACAACUUGCAAAACUUGAAGUUUGACGUUUUAGAAUAUCUCAAUUUUGGUUUUCAGCAUUGCCACAUAAUAGCUUACAAAAUCAAUCCAUGUUCGACUGUACCAGACAGCUGAUGCAGAUGACCAUUUCAUUAGGGAAUUAAUUAAUCUAAUAUUGGAAAAGGUGCCUUCCUUACGUCACAUCUAACAUUCUCCAACAUUGUUUCCAUCGAACUUGAUCAGGUGUCAUAUUUCUAUCUGAUUGAUCAAACGUGUGUGUGUGUGCGUGUGUGUGAAAUGCUUCGCUAUCUAGUAGCAAUAAAGACAAUGAGAGUCCCACGGCAAUACUGAGAAAAAAACAACCCUAUGGUCACAGUCUCAGAGCAAGGUAACCCCUUAUUUUCCCUCUUUCCUUUUCUAGAAAAUUGUCGUGAUAUGAAACAAAAGAGCCGUACUUUUAGGAAAUUACAAGUUUUACACCCAACGGACAUCUUUAAAGGAGGGUUAUUUUUUUUUUUUCUCUUGUGGUCAGUUCGACCAGUGAUCUACCUCAUGGUUCUGCCGGAGUCGGCUGGUGUUGUGGGGUUUGCAGGUAAAGCCCCCCUUUUUUGUUCACCAGAGCGGACGAAGCAGAACAAAAGCCACGCUCGGGAGCUGGCCCAAUGGGACUUCUGCCCGCCUCGUCUCCCACAUGCACCGUCUCUCCCUCCUCAUCUGCAAAGGAACGCUGUGCUUUGGUUCGUCUGUACUCGUCAUUGCUUCCGUUCUGGUGUUUCUUUUUCCCCAGCGCGAUGAGCGCUGUCCGGCUGUGAGGCGGCUGGUUUUACGAUGCGCUGGCUCAGUGCGUUUAGUUUGCCCAUUCUUCUGCCUUUGCCAUUCAUGACAGAUCUUUAGAUGACUCACCACGUUCCCGUACCCUUUUUUCUUUUUUUCUCUUGCUUUCCUUUUUGAAAAAGACUCAAAGCAACAAUCUUUGGUUCUACUGUUACUGUAAAGUUUUCCAAUAACAACGCUAGCAUUUAGCCAAAUGUUGGUCAUUUUGUUUUACACCAGCUUAAUAGUACACAUGCCAACCAAUUUGCAUCGGAAAUUCAACAAUUGUGUCUGAAGUACUUAAAGAGCCGCAGUAUUUCAUAAGAAUAGGAUGCUAGUUAAUAUCCCAUGAUUGACAGCAUGUGUUUCAACGGUUUCACUUGUCAGAAUGAGAUUUGUAAAUUAUAUAAAUUCAGGGCCAAACGUGAAAAAUAAGUGAGUGUUAUUGUUUGCUUUGCAUUUGUUUUCUUUUAAAUUGGUGAUUUCUCAUGUAAAAAACCCUAUACACUACUAUGAGACAAGAAAAAAGGUGAAAGCUUAAUGGUCGCGGUGCUGUUCUCAGAUCAAUAGUACUGUAGCAGCAAAUGCUCACCUUUGGAAAAUACAAGCGGUAACCUGAUUGUGCUGUGUGUACUUCCCCAUGCUGAACAUUUCUUGCAGGAAAAAAAUGUAAAAAGGAGAAAAAAAAUCUUGUACAUGUUAUCGUCAUUGCUUCCCCCUUCACCUUCAGCUGAUUUUCAAACAACCUUCUCCUUGCUCUCCCCUUCGAAAACAUUGGAAUAAGAACAAUGCUGAAUAAAAGGCUCUUCUCUUUCUCA